GAUGGGAUGGAUGAAGAAGAAGAGAACCACUAUGUCUCACAGCUCAGGGAAGUCUACAGCAGUUGUGACACCACAGGGACUGGAUUUUUGGACCGUGAAGAACUGACCCAGCUCUGCCUUAAGCUUCACCUGGAGAAGCAGCUGCCUGUGCUCCUGCAAACUCUUCUUGGAAAUGACCACUUCGCUAGGGUUAACUUUGAGGAAUUUAAGGAAGGUUUUGUGGCUGUGUUGUCAUCAAAUGCUGCUGUUGGCCCCUCGGAGGAGGACAGUAGUACUUUGGACACAGCUGCCUCCCGUGCUGUCCCGCCGAAAUACAUGAGGGGCUCUAAGUGGUAUGGCCGUUGGAGCCAGCCCGAGGUGUGCGAUGCUGCCAUCAAAGCCAGAUAUGUACCAGAACAGCAAACCAAGGCCAACCUGAAAAGCCAGCUCCGGCGUUCUGCGUCUCUGGAAAGUGUAGAGAGUCUCAAGUCAGAUGAAGAAACUGAGAGCACUAAAGAACCUCAGAAUGAAUUAUUCGAAGCACAAGGCCAGCUGCAGACCUGGGGUUCCGAGGUCUUCGGGAGCCCCCAGAAGUCCCGCAGCCCCUCCUUUGACACCCCCGAGAGCCAGGUCCAGGGCAUCUGGGAAGAGCUGGGUGUUGGCAGCAGUGGGCACCUGAACGAGCAGGAGCUGGCUGUGGUCUGCCGGAGUGUCGGGCUCCGAGGACUGGAGAAAGAGGAACUGGAGGACCUGUUUCACAAACUGGAUCAAGAUGGAGAUGGCAGAGUGAGUCUUGAAGAAUUCCAGCUUGGCCUGUUGAGUCAUGAGCCUACCUCACUUCCAGAAUCUUCCACUCAGGUCAACCUGAGCAGGCCCUGGUCUCAUUACCAGGUUCCGGAGGAGAGCGGCUGCCACACCACCACGACCUCAUCCCUCGUGUCCCUGUGCCUGGGCCUGCGCCUCUUCUCCAGCAUCGAUGAUGGCACUGGCUUUGCCUUUCCUGAGCAGGUCAUGGCCGUGUGGGCCCAGGAGGGGAUUCAGAACGGCGGGGAGAUCUUGCAGAGCCUGGACUUCAGUGUGGACGAGAAGGUGAACCUUAUGGAGCUGACCUGGGCCCUCGACAACGAGCUCAUGACAGUGGACGGUGCUGCCCAGCAGGCAGCCCUGGCCUGCUACCGCCAGGAGCUGAGCUACCACCAAGGGCAGGUGGAGCAGCUGGCGAGAGAGCGGGACAAGGCGAGGCAGGACCUGGAGAGGGUUGAAAAGAGGAACCUGGAAUUUGUGAAAGAGAUGGAUGACUGCCACUCUGCCCUGGAGCAGCUCACAGAGAAGAAAAUCAAGCACCUGGAGCAGGGGUACAGAGGAAGGCUGAACCUCCUCCGGUCCGAAGUGGAGACGGAGCGGGAGCUGUUCUGGGAGCAGGCCCGUAGGCAGAGGGCUGCGCUCGAGCGGGACGUGGGGCGCCUGCAGGCCGAGGAGGCCAGCCUCCGAGAGAAGCUGACCCUGGCCCUGAAGGAAAACAGUCGCUUACAGAAGGAGAUCGUGGAAGUGGUGGAGAAGCUCUUGGAUUCAGAGAAGCUGGUCCUGAAACUGCAGAACGACCUGGAGUUGGUGUUGAAGGACAAGCUGGAGCCGCAGAGCACAGAGCUCCUGGCCCAGGAGGAGCGGUUCACGGCGGUCCUGAAGGAAUAUGAGGUUAAGUGCCGGGACCUGCAGGACCGCAAUGACGAGCUGCAGGCUGAGCUGGAAGGCCUGCGGGCACGGCUGGCCCCCAGUCGACAGAACUCCUCCAGGGGCCUGGGACAGCGGCUGUCUGGACAGGGUCCGGCAGGCAUCUUGCUCACAGGCAGUUCUGCUCCAGUGAGUAUAGAAACGGAGAUAAUGAUGGAGCAGCUGAAGGAACAUCACCGAGACCUCAGGAUCCAGCUGGAGACCAAGGUAAAUUACUACGAGAGGGAAAUCGAGGUAAUGAAAAGGGACUUUGAGAAGGAGAGAAAGGAGAUGGAGCAGGCUCACAAGCACGAGGUCGGCGUGCUGGAGGAGCAGAAAGCAGACCUGGAGGUGCUCCACGCCAAGUCUCAGGAGGUCAUCCAGGGCCUGCGGGAGCAGCUGCAGGACUUGGCCCACGGCCCGGCGCCUGAGCAGCUGGGCCUGGCGCUGGCGCCGUGCUGCACCCAGGCGCUCUCCAGCCUGGCCCUGCGGCUGGAGGAGGAGCUGCACCUGAGGCAUCGGAGCCAGCUGCAGCAGAUCAGGAGAGAGGCUGAGGGCGAGCUGAGCCAGAAGCUGUCGUGGAUGGAAGCCCAGCAUGCCGCCCACUGUGAGGACCUGUCCCUGCAGCAUCAGCGCGAGAAGGAUGAGCUGCUGCAGAAGCACCUGCUGCAGGCGAGCGAGAUGGCGGAGCAGCUCGACAAGGAGAAGCAGCAGCAGGCAAAGAGGGAGGAGGAGAUCCUCAGGCGCUGUCGAAAGCAGCAGCUGAAGCUGCAGGAGUUGAUGAGUGAAGAGCAGGCGCAGAUUUGCAAAUCAUUCGCCCUUGAGAAGGAGAGAUUAGAACUUGCCUACAGGAAGCAGGUGGAAGAGCUUGCCCAGGAAGUGGAGGCACUGCGGGCUCUUUGGAAAGGUGGGCCACCGGUGGCAAGGAGCCAGCAGGAGAGCGCACAUGGCCCCAUGCCCCCAGGUCCAGGCAGUGGGGAACAGCCUCCAGCCCAGCUGGAACCCGGCGAUGGUGGAGAGAUGGGGGAGCCGGCAGGAGGCGGGCCUGGCCGUGCGCAAGCUGGGUGCAGGGAUGUGCCAGGCCAGCUCUGCUGUGUAGAUGGCAUGCAGAGCUCAGCCUCAGCCCCUGCCCUGGUGGCCAGUGGGCCCUCGGAGAGCCUCGGCCUCAGAGAGAACUGUUGGGGUUUGCUCAACACUGAGGAGGGGGCUUCUGUUCCCCCAGAGAGAUGGUCACAUGUGCAGCCACAUGGGGUGGACAGAGGGGCCGUCCCAGGGGAACCAGUGCCUUCUGCCAGGGGUCCAGCGGACCUGAGCCAGCCUGAAGCCCCAGAGGGAGAUGCCCGGCCAGCUCCAUCCCAGAGGUGGGGGCCAUGGCUAAGCCCAGCCUCUUCGGGGAGUGGGCAGGCCGAGAGGCCACAGGCUGUUCUAGAGGAGCGAGCUGGGAGCCGGAGUAGGGUGCUGGCCUCUGUGGGGAGCCAGAGACAUGCCUCGCAGGAGCAGGCCGAGGACGAGGGUUCCAGGAGAGGGUCCUCACCAUCCCAACCCCAGCUUGCCGUCCCGGGGGAGAUGGAGGCCGAUGCAGCACUGGAGAAAGAAAAGAAUGACAUGAAAACCAAACUUCUGCAACUGGAAGACGUCGUCCGGGCUCUCGAGAAAGAAACAGAGUCAAGAGAGAAAGACAGAAUCGAAUUUCAUAGGCUUUCUGAAGAAAACACUUUGUUGAAAAAUGAUCUGGGAAGCAUUCAGCAAGAGCUCAAAGCUGCAGAAAGCACCAAUGAUGCACAGAGGAGGGAAAUCGAAGUUUUAAAGAGAGACAAGGAAAAGGCCUGCUUUGACGUGGAAGAGCUCAGCAAACAGAGUCAGAAAUACAGGGAUCAGUUGUCCCAGCUCAACCACAGUGUCCUUCAGCUGGGAGAGGAGGCUUCCACCCACCAGGCCCAAAAUGAGGAGAAUCGCAUCACCAUCCAGCUGUUAACACAGAGCCUGGAGGAGGCAGGGCGCCGGGGAGAGCAGCAGAGUGACCAAAUCCAAAAACUUGAAGUUGAACUCGAACGCUUGAAUCAAGAAUGUCAGAGCCUGAGACUGUCCCAGUCAGAGCUGACAAAGACCCUUGAAGAAAGUCAAGACCAGUUGCAGGGAGCCCAGCUGAGGCUGAAGCUGGCCCAGUCCCAGCACUCUCAGGAGGUCCAGCAGCUACAGGAGCAGAUGGGCCGGCUGGUGCCUCGAGACGAUGUGGCUAAGCUGCAGCACCUGCUCAGCCUCCAGCGAACACAGCAGGAAGAACAUGAAAAACAGCUGAAAGCCACAGAGGAGCGGGUGGGCGAGGCGGAGAUGAUGCUGAAGCACAUGGAGAUGCUCCUCCAAGAGAAGGCGGAGGAGCUGAAGGGACAGUUUGAAAAGAACACAAAGUCCAACCUGUUGCUCAAGGAGCUCUACGUGGAAAAUGCUCACCUGGUGAAGGCGCUUCAGGUCACUGAAGAGAAGCAACGAGGUGCUGAGAAAAAAAGCCGCAUCUUGGAAGAAAAAGUCCAAGCUCUCAACAAACUCAUCAGUAAGAUUGCUCCUGCAGCCAUGUCUGUGUAG